UAUCACUUGUAAUCGCCAGGUGAAUCAGCAUUGUUGUAAUUUCCGGUUGGCGUGUUAUGAAAAAGUUUACCUCUCUUCUGAAACGUCAAACGACAAAUUGUGUGCAAUGACAUGGAGGCAAAGCCAAUAAUAACAUGCCAUGGAAAUCAGACUUUGUUUUCAUCCCUCCAUCAAAUUGUUGUAAAUGGACUACCAAAGGAGGUGUGUGAAUGGAGAAGGUCAUUUGGACGAGCACCACGUUCAGUUCAGCUCGAGGGCAGCUUCGUGCCUUAUGACCCUGAUAUACUGCCUGAAGAGGACACUAAGACCCUUGUUAGUCGGCCCUACUUCCAUAUCUACUGGACCGAUUGUGAUCUCGAUACCUACAAGCAGUCAGUGAAAGAUGAACUGAUGGAAUGGCACGCUGCACUCAGAGCCAAGAACAUUCCUGACUGGCUCAUUGUCGUUGUAAUUCCGGAUGAAAGCAAAAUAAAAUCCAAGUUACUGCCACGAUCAUCAGUUGCUGACAAAGUUCGUAGUGACUUUUGCAGCAAGCAGCCUGAAAGAAGUGCUGUUGUUAUAGAACCUCUGAAGUCAGAGCCAAAAUCUGUUGAGUCUUGGAAUCACUUCUUUCAGAAGCUGCGAACUCUUUUACUGCAGGCAUAUAAUCGUCACUUGAACAAAUAUGAAGAAAAUAUGCGUGCAUUAAGAGAAAAACGUAAUGAGCCUGGUUGGACCUAUUUUGAAUAUUUUUCAGUGCAGGAGGAACUUGGCUUUAUGCUGGAGAUUCUAGGACUCAAAGACGAUGCUUUGAUCCAGUAUGAUGAACUGGAAGCUAUGUUUGAUCAGUUUGUUGAGAAUCAUGCAAAUGGAGAGAUGGUGAAGUGGUUGUCUCCCUUGGUACGUCCUUGCAAAAGUUGGUUAGGCCUGUCACUGGCCAAAUCACUAGAUCAUGACCUGCGGGAUCGUGUCAAGCACAGCCUCACUUCUCUGCUGGAGUUCCGAAAUUAUCUUUUCAGUCGUCAGGCAGCACUUCUCUUCUCCAUGGGUCGGGCCUGGGAAGUGGCUGAGAGGGCCUUAAACUUUCUUCACAAUACUGUGGUCGAAAUAAAGUGUUUAGAGGUUGAGGUGCCAGAGGGGGGAUUAGAGUGCUGGGCUGUCUUAAGUGGCCUUGAGAUUUUGGCAGCAUGUCAGAAGCAUGAUACAGGACAGGUAGACAAAUGUGCCCUCUUUACUGCACACCUAUGGGAUCACAUACGAAACAAGUUGAAGAAGCUGGGGCAGAUGUAUGGACUCAUGCCAGGAAUCACCCCAUCAUCAAAACAGCUCAGUCAUCUUGUUGAUCUGAUGGCUGGAAUGAUAUCUGAUGAUGUAGAGUCUGUUGCAAAGGUGCGCCCAGUGGAUAAGUUGCGUGAAGCUUUGUCAUCUUCAGAGUCCUUCAAAAAACACUACCUAGAAACCUGUGAGCUUGCAAUGGGAACAUACAAACACAUCAGUCGUUUUCGCUCUUCUCGCAUGAUUGGCAGGGAUCUGGCCCAUUUCUAUAUGAAGGCAGGAGAACCUGCUAAGGCUGAGGCUUUUCUGUGUGAUGCUAUCAAGCUGUACAGUCAGGAAGGGUGGACAAGGCUUGCUCAUGGAACACUGAGGGAACUGGCAGCAUGUCAGAAACUAAUUGGAGAAAAAAGCAGGUUUCUGGGAACAGCACUUGAAAUCACAUGCAGCAACUGCUUAGAUGAGACAGAUCGUGUUCAGCACUUUAAUGACAUAAUUACUGUACUAAAGGAAAAUGUGAAUUUAAGUGUCCAAGGACAAGGAAUCAUGGAGCUGAAACAGAUUAAACUAAUGCAGAAUAUGGCAAAGACCGAUGAUCUGGUUACUAUGACAAUACACUUCAUUAGCCACUUGCCACAGCCAGUUAUCUGUGACACAAUUCAAGUGGCCCUCACACCUUGCCCUGCUUUUCAGCUGACAAAGAUUAACCAAGAGGGCGAUUCAAAAUCAGUUCAGCGUAAAUCAAGUCUUCCCUGGGAAUCACAAAUGCGAUUAAUUUUAAUACAGACAGGCUUUCUUCACAGCUUUUCAGACACUCAUUUCCUUCCAAAAUUCGUGCACGAGCCAUGUAUGCGGCGCCAGGGUAGAGUGAUUGUGGCAGGAUUGGCAUGUGACAAUGCUCCUGAGCUCCUGAAGCGAACAGACAGUUCUGCGAGUGAAGUUGUUUCCCCUGAACUGAUUGUCAAGGGAGAUUAUUCUAUGUGCUUCUUGGCAUCAGAUGUCCUGAUUCAACCAGGAUUGAAUGAAGUUGAGUUGGUAAUGAGGGCUGGUGGUGAAGGAACUUUCUAUCCAAGUCAGUCAUGUGUAAUGAUAAAAGGUCUUGAAAUUCUCCAGUCUUUGCCAGCAAGUGACCUUCAACUUCAUGUAGCAUGUCAUGGCCCUAGGAUCACAUUAACACCCAAAAACUCCGUAUUUGAUUUCAUUUUGGGAAUAGAGCAAUCAGCUACUCUGACAUUUUACACUGGGAGCCAGAACUUACUAAAUGACACUGUUGCCACGCUGCACUCCACCCCAGCGUUAACUGUAAAAACUCUUGAUGGAGAUGAAAAUAGGCUGAGGCUCCAGGCUCAGAUACCACACACCUCCUGUGACUUAGAAAUUAGCAUUUACAUGCCCUUCCUUCUAGUGUGCCAGCUUCCUGUGCAGCUGAGGAAGUAUGUUCAAAUUUCUUUAGAGGGAAGCUCAAAAGAAUAUAUGGUAAUCACCUCCCCUCAAUUGUCUGCCUCUAACUGCAUGUUCAGCUUCAUCAAUCAGGGCAAAGACUGGUCUGGGAAAUUAAAGCAAGAGGAGAAUAUUCAUGAACAUCAUGAACUAGACGUGAAUGCCAUGUUUGUCUGCCAGUUCACCUGUAGCUUGGACCUGGCACAGCAGCCACGAUCUUUCAACUACAAGUGCCAUCUCAGUCACUUUCAGACCUGGUACACUGUGGACUACAGCUUGUCAGGGAAGUCACAGUCAACAGUGUCUGUGUCAUUUGAAAGCAGCAGAGGUGACAGCAGAGAUGUUGUUGGGUACCAGGCUGGUCAAAUGCAUAUGCUGAAUCUCUCAGUAACACCAGUAGCUGCACACUGCUCACCCUUCCGACCAGAGCUGCUGGCUUACAGAAUUGCUGCUGAUCCCUCAAUAUGGGCACUAUUAGGGAAGACCACAGGUGUUUUCAGUGUGAAGGAUCACCCAUUCAGAGCUCAGCUAAAUGUAAUACCCUUGGCUGCUGGCUUCAGACAUCUUCCCAGGGUGCAGCUGUACCGCUAUGUGGGUGAUCAAAAACAGCAUAAUGAGGAUGACGAAGAAGUGUGGGUGAAAAGAAAGGGUGCUGGGGACACGAGGCUGACUUCAGAGCCUCAUAGUGGCGAGGAUUGUGACCUUGAUCUUGAUGGCCUUGAGGAAUUGACAGAAAGUCGGGUGUAUAAUUCCAGUCUUGCCAAGCAGGUGCACGUUUUCCCCACUGCUGCCACUAGCGAUAUGGAGGUGUGUGUUGCUGUGUAAAUUUGUGCAUUUAUGUACCAUUGACUGCAGCUGUAGUUCUAACACAGAAGCAUGAGAUUUGCCCCCCAAGGGACCAAAGCAUGAAGCAGCUAAUGUGGGUAACUCUGGAAUUUGGGAGUUUUUCUCCCCUCUCCCCACCCGAAGGUCUGUUUUAUGAAAAUAAACCUUCAACUAUCACUUACCUACCAGUUCUGCUUGUGAAUGACAGUCUUUCUCCCUCAUGAAAUUCAGCCAUCAUGUCAGAAAAAAAUUAAAAAAUAAGCUUUUAGUUGUGUCAAAUUAAACAUGUUGUCCUUCUUUAAAGAAACUUAAAUCAUUUGUAUCUGUUUUUUUUCUCCCUUUUUCCCCCGUCCUAUAUGUAUUUUCCUUCUUUUCUCACCUGUUUCUUUCACUCAGAACGUGUAACAUUUUUAUACAUCUUUCUUAACAGUUUGAUUUUAAAUUGUUAUGUAUCCUACAUGUAUAGUCUCAAGUGUGAUGGCGUUAGGGAAGUCACACUGUAUGUAGUAAGUAACAUGAGUGGCAACUUCUCUUGCUUCUGCCAUAACAAAAAUAGCAAGAUGCAUCAUAGUAUCACUAGAACACUUUGUGUUGGAUUUGUCUGACCUGAUUUGCACUUCUGGAUCAUAGGAUCCAUCUGUAGCUACAUGAACUGGCAUCUAAAUAGACACCUAGAGGUCGUGACGUUGCUAAUGGACCAUGUGAACCUCUGAGGUACCUAGCUUACAUCUCUGAGCUAUGGUCCCUGUUAGUCACAGUUAAUCCCUUUAAAUGACUUGAGUUGUGGGAGACAGGUGGAAUGCCAAUGUUAGGGUGAGGGAGUGCUUUAUUUUUUAGGAAAGAGUCAAUAAAUUGUAAAGGUUGUGCAAACACGACAAAAGUGAAUAUUACUUUACCCAUACAGAGUGAUAUGUAAGGGUGGUGCUUUAAUGGGUUCACUAGCCGCAAUAAAAAAUUUGAAGAAUGCCCAGGCUUUUUUUUGCCUGAGAAAAAAAAGGGUAUAUGUUUUCCUUAUGUGUAUUGUUUCGGGAAGUUCUUGCAGAGGAAGAAUGCUGUUUCCAAGUUAUUCUUUUUUUUUCUUGUGUGCUUACUUUUCUCACAGAAAAUCAAAUAAGUAAUACUUAUGUAUUUAUUUCAAAGAAAUUUUUUGUCUGUGAUAAAUGAAUAUAUAGAUAUUGUAUAUCAUGUCUCAAUAGUAUUCUGGAGUUUUUCUGAGUUCCUAGAAGAAUUUAUUGUCAUCAUACAUGUUAUCACCUUUGUUGUCCUAAGUAUUUCUGGUGCCCUUAUUAUUUUAUUAAUGUAAAACAUGAUCAUUCAACCUUAAUGGUACAGAUUUUAAGCAGUCUCCUAUACACUCUGUACUGUGCUACACAUUAAGGAAUUUCACACAGAAAUAAAAUCAAGUAAUGACGAAAUUUCA